CUCAUAGUGCAGAUUAGCAAAGGUAUCCGGCACUUUACAAUUGUUUGGUGCCAAUUAAACUUUUUCCGAGUAGCCCGCAAAAAAGGCAUGGCCCGGUGAAAAAGUGAUGUUCACCCCUUAAAACGUCUCGCGACUCCCCCCUCCGAUACCACUUCCAGACUUCAGGAAAACAUUUACGCUGCCUUAAUUACCCUUCAAAUUUUUUAUUCAAAACUCGUUUCUAGGUCAAAAAAUCAGCCGCGCGUAUUUCUUCAUCUUUGCUAUUCUGCAGAGCUCGCGACAAUCGAAAAGCAGAUCGAAGAAUUGACGCAGAACGACGACGUCGCUGUGGAGUACAUUCCAGCUAGGCAAAGACAGUAAGCUUGGGUGAGCAUUAUACUGCAACAAUUGAAGGCAACUAAAAAUGGCUGGAAGAGUAUGUCCUCGUGAUAAAGACAUAUUAUUCUUGGUACUACAAGAAAUUUUGCGUGAUCAUAUUAUACAAAUUGCUAUUGUCAUUGCAUAUAUAGCUAAGACUUAUUCAAGGAAGAGAAAACGUCAGACAGCAGUACCUAAAUAUAGCAUGAUUUGUAGGAUGCCUGACCAAAUAAAACAUCUAGGUCGAAUGAUAGAUGCUACGGAUAUUGAUUGUAUUGCUAACUUACGUAUGGACCGUAGUACCUUUGGGAGACUUUGUCGAAUCUUGCGGGAAAGAGGGGGUUUAGUUGAUGGGAAUUAUGUUAAAGUAGAGGAACAGGUUGCCAUAUUUUUGUCUGUGUUGGCCCAUCACAAAAAAAAUAGGGUAGUUAAAUUUAAUUUUUGGAGGUCUGGGCAAACGGUAUCGCAUUAUAUCCACGCGGUAUUAGGAGCAAUUAUUAGCUUACAUGAUGUGUUCCUGGUUAAGCCCGAGGCUGUCACAGAUGAAUGCACGGACACGAGAUGGCAAUGGUUCAAGGGGUGUCUAGGAGCAUUAGACGGCACCUACAUCAACGUAACAGUUAGCAAUAUUGAUAAACCUCGAUAUAGGACAAGGAAGGGGCAGAUCUCUACGAACGUCUUAGGCGUUUGUGAUCGGAACUUGAACUUUGUUUAUGUUCUUUCCGGGUGGGAAGGCUCGGCCAAUGAUUCUAGAAUUCUGCGGGACGCAUUGAACAGACCACACGGAUUAAAAGUUCCCAAGGGAAAAUACUAUUUGUGUGACAAUGGUUACGCAAAUAGUGAGGGUUUUUUAACACCUUUUAAAGGUGUUCGAUACCACCUUAAAGAGUGGGGUCCUAAUUCUGCCCGACCUCAAAACAAGGAGGAACUUUUUAACCUAAGACAUGCUAAGGCACGUAAUGUGGUUGAGAGGGCUUUCGGGAUAAUGAAGAUGAGAUGGGGGAUACUAAGAUCUACAACAUUUUAUCCGAUAAAGGUUCAAAAUAGGCUAAUAAUGGCAACGUUUUUAAUUAACAACUUCAUCCGCAAACAAAUGGUUGUUGACCCAAUUGAAGAACAAUACAAUGCGAUGGUUGAAGAUGGUGAUGUGGAUGUAGAAUCUCAUAACUUUGUUGAAAAUGUUGAAUCUUCUCCCCAAUGGAAUGCAGCUAGAGACACUUUGGCGGAAGGAAUGUGGCAGCAGUAUAUUAAUUAUGCCUAAAUAAUGUCUGCCUACAAACGAGUUCAUAAAUGGAGGCCAUGUCCGAUGUUUCAAAUACCACCCCGUUUUGUAGCUGCGGUCACGGAGCAAUGAAUCUAAAGUGUGCUGGUCCUGGAGCAAAUUUUCCAGGUCGAUAUUACUACAAGUGUCCAUUAGAAGGAAAUCACCCCAAGGGAUUCUAUUGGUAUGAUGAGCAUCACGUUGUGUGUUCAAUGAGGUCAGCGUCUUCCGUGGAUUCUCCCAUUCGAAACAAUCAACCACGAGCUCAUUCCCAAUCCAUGGCACCAAAUGUCUUUGAUGCGGUUCAAGAAAUUGACCACCGGGGCGUUUGCUUGCAUUCUCCACGUGGAUAUCUCGAGCUCCAUACCACAAACCUAUUUUUUUCCAUUGUGACACUUGUAGUCGGGAUUGUAAU